UAUAAAUAAAAAAUAAACCGCAGCUGUUAAUUUCAAUAAUAUUAUUUCUAAAAAUGUCAGAAGAAACAACUAUGUCUAUAACUGAUCAGAAAAUUAAAAUUGAGCCCCAAGAAUAUUCAGUAGAAGAAAUUGCAGGUGAAGUUCAGGAUGAAUUUGAGGAUCUUGAUGCUAUUGUUAAUUCUGAAUCGUGUUCAGAGACUAACAAUACUUGCCAGGAAAUUGUAAUGAAUUCUGAAGCCACGGCAGAAGGAGAAAUCAGGCCUGAGGUAAUCGAGGCACCCGCUGGUAAUAGAUCAUUUUCAGAAUCGCCUUAUUUGAAAGAGCACUCCGUUGAUCACUUCCUUACUCAUACCAGUGUAGGCCGUUACAAGUGCGAUGUGUGUUUUAAGACAUUCAAACGUCCGUCACAUUUAUCAAAACACAGUGUUAUUCACAGCACAGAACGCCCUUUCAAAUGCCAGAUCUGUCAAAAGGCUUUCAAACGAUCCGACAGAUUGAAGUCCCACAUGACUACACAUUCUGAAGAAUGUCCUUUUAAAUGUGAAAUAUGCAAUAAGGUAUGCAGUCAAAAAAGCGACUUGACAAAACACAUGCUAAAGCAUACCGGAGAACGUUCCUACACAUGUGAUGUAUGUCAAGGCACUUUUUUGCAUUCAAGCGCUUUGAGAAGUCACAUGAGUAUCCAUACAGGAGAGCGCCCUUUCAAAUGUGAUGUAUGCAGGAAAACUUUCAGACAAUCAUAUACUUUGAAAUGUCACAUGUUUAUUCAUAGUGGUGUACGCCCUUAUGAAUGCAAAAUAUGCAAUAAAACAUUCACGCAAGCGAGCUACCUGAAAUCGCACAUGCUUUGUCAUUCUGGAGAGCGCCCUUAUAUAUGUGGUAUAUGCGAUAAAAGUUUUGUACAAGCACGCAAUUUGAAAAUACACAUGGCUGUUCAUAGUAAGAAACAAGAGGAAAAACAAUGA